AUGGGGUAUUUCAAAAAUAGGCCACCAUUCUAAAAGAGAAUAGCAAAUUCAUCUCUAUUAAGUUAAUCUGAUGAAAUUUUAUUAGAUGAUCUCUUGUUCCUAAUUUCUUGCUUUGAGAAUAAUCAUUCAGAAUUUAUAACAAAAGCCCCAUCUUAUUAUAUUGAUCAGUAUUUCCAAUUGACAUGUGAAUAGUAUGAAAUAUAUGAAAUUUAAUAGGGAAUUUGCUAACUCAUAUAUUAUAAGGAAUAAAGUGCUUUUAACAUGCCAUUUAAUGUUACAUGAAUUUUAAUUAGGUAUUGAUUUUGCAGAUCACUUUCUGAAUUAGAAGUUUGCUAUUCUUAUGAAUCGAUAAUCACCUACUGUUGUUAAAACAAAUUAAUAAAAAGAAGAAUGGCUAUCUGCAAAUAUUUAGUUAAGUUAUUUUUAAUAUUUACAAAAACUUGCAGUUAAUGUUUAGGUGUUUCAUGCUUGUAAAGUGUAGUAAUAUCCAUUGUUUUAAGAAGGAUAAAAAUUUAUUGAUAUUUAAACAAAGCUACUAUGGUUAUUUAAGAUAAGCAAUUUGGUAUAUUAAUGAUUUAAAAAGUAAGGUAAAUAGUGGAUUGGGAUAGAUGGAGACAUUGAAAUCAGCAUUAUUAAUGGUACCUGAAGAUAUGUUGCUAAAAGAAAUAGUAUUAGUUUAUUGGUCUGACAUAAUUGUAUUUUACAAUUUUUUAAGCAAAGAGGUAUAAUAUUUCUGGGGAAUUUAGAUUUUACAAUUAUUAGACUAUUAUAGACAUUUAGCUACACAUAUUUGCUUAUAGUUCUACGAAUUAUAUUUAUAAUUAUUUCAAAUAAGAAAUUCUAUAUCAGAUUUAUAUAAAUAUAGGAAACAUUUUGAUAGAGAUAAUGUUAUUAAAUAGCCUAAAUGGUUUGAUGUUAAUAAACCUGUUCAUAAGUAAAUAGAAGAAUUUAUGCUAAAAUAAAAGUUAAAUAUGGGCAAUCAUACAGAUAGAGGUUCAUAAAAACCACAGAUGUCAAGUAGAGGUUCUAAAUCUUAGAUUGCUUUGGAUACAAGAAUUGAUUUAAGUAAAAUACCAAGAAAAGGUGGUGCUAUGAAAACUCAUAGAGCAGGUAGAUAAGGAGAUAGUGAUGGAGAUGAUGAAGAUUUUGAACAAUUAAAAUUGAUACUAUAAAAUUCGAAUAUGUAAUCAAAAUUAACUAAAAAGAAAUAAUAAUAAUAAUAACAAUAAUAAUAAUAAUAAUAAUAGUAAGAUUCUUAAGUGUCAUUCUAAAAAUAAUCUCAAGAAGAAGGUACUGAUUUACCUAAAGGUGAUUGAAUAUAUUGGUUGUAAUAAUUAAUGUUUUUUAUAAAAUUAAUUUAAUAAUGUAAUAAGGAUAUAUUAAUGCAGAGAUGAGUGAUUUCAUAAUUUAACAUUCAACCUUCAUUAAUAUUUAACCAAAUUUUGAUUUAGAAAAGCUACAAUUCAUUUCUGUAAUAUAGAAAAUGAUUAAUUAAGGGAUAUUUUGGACCAUUUAAAAUUAAUUAAAUUGUAGAGGUUCCGUUAUGGGUAGCAAUUGAAUUAAAGAAAAAGAAUAAAUGUAGAGUAAUACCUCCUGAAUGGUUAAGUAUUGAAAGGUUGCAAUAAAAACUUGAUGAAGAAACCAUUAAUGAAUUAGAAUUAGCAAAAAUGGAACAAUAUUAUUUUGAAAUUUCAUCAAUUUUAUUCUCUUAUUGCAGAGAUGAUAUUAAAGAUGAUGAAAGAAUCAAAUUAUUGUUGGAAGAUAUUAAGACAAGAAGAGAAAGCAAAAUUUAAAAGAAAAUAGAGGAAUUUAUCUUAAGAGGAUCUGAUGCUUUAAAAAUAAAUAAUUUAAACUAACAUGAAAGAAAUAAAAUUUACUCUAAUUUUUAUGGAGAUUUAAAAAAAUUAAGGUAAUUGAAAUUACUAUCAGAGAGUUGA